AUUAAUUCAAAACAAUUUAAUAGUCAAAUUCCUACAUCAAUAUCAACAAUAACGAAUUUGAAUGAUAAUAUUAGCUCUAAUAAUAAUAAUCGUAAUAGCAAUAAUAAUAACAAUAACAAUAAUAAUAGUAAUGGUGCAACAAAUAACUAUAAUAAUAAUAAUAAUAAUGUUAUUAAUAACAGUAAUUCAUAUCAUCAGACAACUGAUUGUAUAUCAAAAUGGAAAAGUGGUAAACAAACAGUAGAAUGUAUUGAUAAAUCAUUAAUACGUAUACCAGAGAAUAUUGAUCCACAAACACAAGUAUUAGAUAUGUCCGGUAAUAAUUUGCAAAAUUUAGCUAAUGAACAAUUUUUACGUGCAUCAUUAUUAAAUUUACAAAAAUUGUAUUUAAGAAAUUGUAAAAUUGGUGAAAUACAACCAGAAACAUUUAAAGGUUUAACAAAUUUAGUUGAUUUAGAUUUAUCACAUAAUCUAUUAGUAAUAAUACCAUCGAAUGCAUUGAGUUAUAUACCAUCAUUACGUGAUUUAACAUUAGCAUCAAAUCAUAUACAUAAAAUUGAUAGUCAUUCAUUUCGUAAUACACCAAGUUUACAGAAAUUAGAUUUAUCACAUUGUGAUAUACAAACGAUAGCACCACAAGCAUUUGAAGGUUUAGAAUCUUUGGUCUCAUUAAAAUUAAAUGGUAAUAAAUUAUCAGAAUUGAGACCAAGAACAAUUGAAACACUAUCAAAAUUACAUGGUAUUGAAUUACAUGAUAAUCCAUGGUUAUGUGAUUGUCGAUUAAGAGCAACAAAAAUAUGGUUAACUGAAAAUAAUAUUCCAUAUCCGGUUGCACCAAUGUGUAGUGGUGGACCAGAACGUAUUAUUGAUCGUACAUUUGCUGAUUUACAAGUUGAUGAUUUUGCAUGUCGACCUGAUAUGUUACCAGUUGUUCGUUAUGUUGAAGCUACAAUGGGUGAAAAUGCAACAAUAUUAUGUAGAACAUCAGCAAUACCCGCUGCUCAAGUUAAUUGGUAUUGGAAUGGAAGAUUGCUUGUUAACGGUAGUACAUUUAGUGCUUACCAAAAAGUUUAUUUGUUUGAAGAUGGACAAUUUGAAAAGAAAUCAAAAUUAGUUUUAACUAAUGCUCAAGAAACUGAUUCAAGUGAAUUUUAUUGUGUUGCAGAAAAUCGUGCUGGUACUGCUGAAGCAAAUUUUACAUUACAUGUUAGUAUGCGGCCUGCUGGUAUAGCAUCAUUUGGAAGCGGACAAAUUGUAGGAUUGAGUGCAGCUUUAGUGAUAUUAAUAUUAGUAAUUUUAUUAGUAAUAUUAUUUAUGCUUGUAAGAUUGAAAAGGCAACCAUUUGUUGAAAGUAAAACCCCAAAUCAUUUGGAAGUUAUCACAUCAGUGAAUCAUUCAAAUACAAUAACAAGUAAAACUCAACCUCCAUCAGCCCAAAAUAAUGGUGGAACACAAAAUUUAGUUGUUGCCAAUGGUAGUAUUCCGAAUCAUAUUAGUGCAUCAGAUGCAGAUCAGAAACAUCAUCAUGGUCAAGUGAACCCUAUGAGUAAUGAAUCAAAAUUAGCUAACCCUGUACAAAAACCACCUAGAUUGACUGAUUUACCAUAUACAACAUCAAAUUAUGAUACCAGUGGCAGUAUAAUUAAUAAUUCAAAUUGUUUUGUAUCACCCACAGCCUCAGCUGGAAAUAAUCCAGAUUUAAUAAAUGAUACUAAAAGAUUUGGUAGUGAAGAGUUUACAGAUUUAAAAAUUCCAGCUGUCUUAACUAGUGGGAUUAAUUUAACAGAUCCUUCCGUUGAAUUACCUGGAAGUGGAGAAUAUUCUAGAGCUGGUGGCUGUGAUUCAUUAUAUCCAUCAGGAUUAUGGGAAUCAAAUAGUACAGCAACAACUUUACUUGAAGAUGCAUUUCUAAAACGUGCAACUAGUACAACAUUAACGGGUUAUAGUUCUUAUACUGAUAAAACUCCCAUUAUGGAUGAUAACGCAUCAUCACAAAUGUAUGAUUUACAAGAACGUUUAAGUUCAGCGUCUGAUUAUUUUAGUAGAACAUUCCCCCGAACACAUUUUCAAGCAAUGAAUUCAUCAACGGCAAUGGGUGCUAUAGGUACAUCAACAUCAUCAGCUGUUAGUGGUUUAACAUCAUCUUCAUCUACAGCUACAACGACAACAAUGCUUAACAAUUGUAGCGAUAGUGGUAGUAAUUUAUUAAAUCAUCAAUUGAAUAACUCAAUAACAUCAAAUAUUAAUUCAAAUAUAACAACAAAUAACACCGGUGGUUAUCCAUCUGAUUAUGGUUUACCAUUGGUACCUGGAGCUGAAACUCAAAUAAAUCAUCAAAUGAAUCAUCCGUUGUAUCAGCAACAACAGCAGCAGUCGCAACAACAACAACAUCAGUUCAACAACAACAACAACAACAACAAUAACACAAGUAAUAGUUUUAAUAAUAGUUCGAAUAGUUUAAAUAGUAAUAAUAGUUCUAAUUCUAAUAAUAAUUUAAAAAAUAACGGUACCGUUGCUAGCAUGGUUGGUCUAAUAAAUUCAAGAACAAAUGAUCAACAACAGUAUCAGCAACAACACUUUGGACAACAUCCAACAACAACAAAUACGGCAACAUUAUCACAUCAUCAACAACAGAUACAGCAUCAACAACAACAGCAGCAACAUCUUACAUCAUCAGGAAGUAGUGGUCAAAUAUUACCAAAUGGUAUGCCAGUAAAUGCAAAAACAAUAAGAGUAUGGCAAAAAGGUGGUGUACCAGUUUUACCACCGGUAACUGCCUUAAAACGUGCAUUAAUUAGUAGUAGUCGUAAUUCACCAGAUGAAGGUUAUCAAGAGGGGUGCGGGACUGAUGUAUAAAUAAUUUAAUAUUAAUUAUAUAUAGUUUAUAUAAAUUCUAAAAACAAAUAAAAUAUUUAAAAAAUUUUUUUUUCAAAAUUUAUAAUUACUUUUAAAAUUCAAAUUUUGUUGGGUUUGUCUUUAUUUUGAUUUAUAUAAUUAGAAUUAAUUAAUAAAAAAAAAAUUUAAUUUUAAUUUUUUUUUUAUUCAAAUUUUGUAUAAAUUAAAAAAUGAGAACUAAAUGAUAAUAAUAUUUGUAACUAGAAUAUAAACAAUAGUUAUAAAUUAUAUAGGUAAGAAAACAAAUUAUUCUUGAUUAUUGUACAAAAU